AUGCACAGGCGACUGAAUUCUCUGAAGCCGUGGACGCCACGAACGCCGCUCAAAGUUUGUCCAAUGCUGUGUGCCUCAUCUCAGGAGUAUGAAGCAAUGGCAAGGCUGUCCACUCAUCCACUGACCCACCGUCCAGGGAGGCUCACUGUCGAAGAGUACAGGACACGAUGUGCGCUGUGCACUGCGGACCAGCUAAUUAGGUUGGUCCAUUCCAGGGACUACAGAAAUUUCCUCAUCAGAAAAGGUUGGGCGUAUGCAGCAUCAAGAGGACAAAAUCGCGUUGCUACUACGAAGGCAAUACUGGGCAUUGCUGCAGCCUUGAUUGCGGGUCUUAUUGUGCUUGUUCGGGCAUCGGGAGAAGUUUCACUGCACAGCCAAGAAGGCAGAUUUGAAAUGGUCUUCAAUACCCGUUGGCCUACAAAAGCUGCAGGCACAGCGAAUGAGCUGAAGCCCAUUCGUGGUGAUGAGCCCUCUGCACACUGCCCCAACAAUGUGCUGAAUGCCAUUUUGCCACGGCAGUGCUGGGAUGCCAGUUCUGACAGUGCGCCCUCCCCAACUGUGAAGGAGAUAAUCCAGACAAGGGCUCCAGGGCAGGAGACUGUGCGCAGUUGGAAAAUGAAAAAUGCUUGGGGAAUGAGGUUAACCACUGUCUUCGUGGGCUUCAUGUGCCUUGUGCUGCUUCAUGGCACCUUCUGGAAGCAGCAUGAUCACAAGAAUUCACUUCCAACCCGUGACAACAGCUCGCAAACAGAGCCUAAUGCCCUGGUGGAGGAUGAGCCUGUUAUGAGCCCUGAUUUCGUGUCAGAGUUACUGCGGUCAAAGGUUGCAAAGGGCCGCCAGAAGAACAAUCGGGCUUGGAACACUUCAAGUCGCAGUUUGGACCUUGAUGCUCUGCAGAAGCUGUCGGGUGCCAAAGUUCAGCCAGCCACAUGCGAAGCAUGUGUUCAAACAGAUACUCAGGAUUCAUCGAAAGAUGUUCCAGUGAUGAACCCUUCGUUUGUGGCGGAAUUUCUCCUCACCCGAUUUAUGCAGGGGCAAAACAGGCAACGAUAG